CCCCCCCGUAUCGCGUUCCCAGUACUAACUGUCCGCCAGGGGGAGACGGCGACUCCGGAAAUCCCCGCAUGCCCUUCGCGGCGUCGCAAGAUAACGCCAAGCGGGCUUUACGGUAGCCUCGCUUCCGCCGCCGUAAAGCGGCGGAGGAGACUCCACGUGGGGAUGUGAUUGGGCUCCGUUUCCCGCUCGGAAGUUCUGGAGGGAAGCUUGUAACGAUGGGGAAACGUCGGAACCGGAGUCGGAGCCAGAGCCAAGUGCUGAGUAGCCUCAGUAAGAAGCAGAAGAAGCAUCUGCGGGACUUUGGGGAAGAGCAUCCGUUCUAUGACAAGGUUUCUGGAAAAGAUGCAAAGCCUCAAAUCUGCAAGCUGUCAGAGAAUUCAGAUCAUUCAAGUUCAGAGAAUGAUUCAGACAGUGAACCAGAAAAGGUCUCUGAAUACCAUAAGUUACUUGCCACCCUGAAGAAUGUUUCAGAGGAGGAAGAAGAGGAAGAAGAAGAAGAUGAAGAGGAGGAAGAGAAUGCUGUAGAAGAAGAGGAAGAAGUGGAGAGUGAAGGGGCUCAUAGUGACAGCAGUUUAGAAGAGGGGGAGGAAGAAGAGGAGGAGGAGGAAGAGAAGGAGGUACAGGAAGGAAUGAGGGGAGGCAAAGAAGGGGACCCCGAGGAUAAAGAUGAGGAAGCGCUUACCCAGCAGAGAACAGCUGAGGACGAAUUCACGGACAUGCAACAUGAAUCAGCCUUCAGCCUGGAAACCAAUUUCCUAGAAGAGGAGAAUGGAGAUCACAAGGCCCUGCAGAAAGACAGCAGCUCUGCGGUGGAAGUCUCAGGAGACCCAUUCCUACAACAUUUGAACAAAGAACUGAAAGAAAAAGAAAUCCAGGCUGUCGCCACAAAUCCCAAACUUACCCAGCAACUAAAAUGGUCAACUCUGGGUCAGCUUAUCUUUACAACCCAGUUUCAUACGCUAGAGACUUUCAAGCCUCCGAAGGACAUUGACUUGAUGACUCUUCAUCUCCAGAAGCCCUUGGAUUCCACAUGGCCCAAAGUAAACAGCCAGUUCCUCUCUGGUCCCUCAAAACCCAGUGGGCCUUUCUCUCCCCUACAGAAAGAGCUCUUCUCAAUUAUGAACUCAUACCGGGACUUGUUAUACCCAGAAAGGACAGCAUUGGGGAAUGGGGAGGAGAUCCGUCAUGUGUACUGCCUACAUGCCAUGAACCAUGUUCUCAAAGCCAAUUCCCAGGUGCUCAGCAAUAAUAGCAAACGCCGGGAUAAGAAACCAAGAGCAGGUGAUGAUGACGAUGACUUCAGGGACCAGGGCCUCACUCGACCCAAGGUGUUAAUUGUUGUUCCUUUUCGGGAGGCUGCUCUCAGAGUGGUCCAGCUCUUCAUCAGUCUGUUGGAAGCAGGAAGCAAGAAGAAAAUAGAUGUGAGUAACAAAAAGCGCUUCAAGGGAGAAUAUGGGUCUGACCCAGAUGAGAGACCUCCCAAUCUGAAGAGGCCUGAAGACUAUGAUGCUGUGUUUGCUGGCAACAUUGAUGACCACUUUCGGAUAGGAGUUGCAGUUCUUCAGCGAAGCAUCCGACUUUAUGCUCCGUUUUACUCCUCAGAUAUUCUCAUUGCCUCCCCUCUUGGCUUGAGGACUAUUAUUGGUGCAGAGGGAGAAAAGAAGAGGGACUUUGACUUCUUAUCUUCCAUAGAGAUUCUCAUUAUUGACCAAGUUGACAUUUAUCUGAUGCAAAAUUGGGAGCAUGUCCUGCAUUUGAUGAACCAUAUGAACUUACUUCCCUUGGAUUCUCAUGGAGUGGACUUCUCCCGAGUACGUAUGUGGAGUCUGAAUAACUGGUCCAAGUAUUACCGUCAGACGCUGGUGUUUGGCGCCUUGCAAGAGGCCCAGAUCAACUCGGUCUUCAGCAAGUACUGUGUCAAUUACCAAGGGCAGGUAGCCGUGAGGAGCAUCCCGAUGACUGGUUCCAUUAGUCAGGUUCUGGUGCAGCUCCCACAUGUUUUCCAGAGACUAGAAGCCGAAAACCUCCUUUCUGUAAUAGAUGCCAGGUUUCAUUUCUUUGUGAAUAAGAUCUUACCUCAGUAUCAAGAUGCAGUCAUGUCUCACACUCUCAUCUAUGUCCCAUCCUACUUUGACUUUGUGCGGCUCCGAAAUUAUUUCAAAAAGGAGGAGUUAAACUUCACCCACAUCUGUGAAUACACUGAGAGGUCUGGGGUCUCCAGGGCCAGGCACUUCUUCCUCCAAGGAGAGCGGCAGUUUCUGCUUUUCACGGAACGUUUCCACUUCUAUAAGAGGUACACGAUAAAGGGCAUCAGGAAUCUGAUUUUUUAUGAAUUGCCAACCUAUCCUCAUUUCUACAGUGAAGUCUGCAAUAUGCUGAAAGCCACUGGUGGUGGGGAGGAAGCCACAUGGACCUGCACCGUCUUGUAUUCAAAGUAUGAUGCCCAGAGACUGGCAGCUGUUGUGGGUGUAGAACGGGCAGCCCAGAUGCUUCAGUCCAAAAAGAACGUUCACCUCUUUAUUACUGGAGAAAAAUGAAUUGUACUUUGGUGACUAGGGCAUAAGUCACCUGAUUUGGUGCUGAAUGGUUGUGAUUCUGGAAGGCUGAUGUUGAGGAAGAUCUGGCAUCAUUCAUGCCUGAAAUACGUUUGAUACAUCUGAAACACAUCACCUUCUAAUAGCAUGUUUUAAAAGUUUGUAUAAACUGAAUUUUUGUAAAUCAAAGACUGUUUUAAAUAUUUUGGACUGGGGUUUGAGGAAGUUUAGAGGCUUACAUUUAAAAGAAGUACAUAGUGGGAUUUUUCUGUAAAUAAUAGAGUAUUUUUGUAAUUGUUCCCAAUUUAAUUUAAGUUGGUAAGUUUAUACAUGUUGUCUAGCAACUUGUUAGAACGCAGGGCAUACCUAAAAUUUGUUGUGCCAGUCAGAUGAGGGCAAAAUGGCAUGUGGUAGAUAAACCCUUUGUUAUUAUAUGUGAGGCAGAGAGGUGAUGCAUAUAGAGCACUGGGCUCAGAGUCAGGAACACCUGGGCAAAUCACUUAGCCUACCUCAGUUUCCUCAGCUUCAAAAUGAGGAUACUAAUAGCAUUUGCCUCCUAGGGUGGUUGUGAGAAUCAAAUGAGAUAAUGUUCAAUUCUGUAAAUGUUUAUUAAGCCUCUACUAUCUGUCAGGUACUGUGUGUAGGAUGCUGGGAAUACAGAUAAGAAAAAGAAAGAAUCCCUGGUCUCAAGGUUACAAUCUAAUGGGGGAAGACAGUACACAAAAGGAAGCUAGAAGGGGAAAGGGGGUGAGGUUACUUGGAUGGAAAUCUGGUUUCCUGAAAAUGAACCGAGCAAAUGUGCAGGUAGAAAGUAAUUAUAUGUAUUUAAUAAUAGCUUUUUAUUUUCAAAAUAUAUGCAAAAAUAGUUUUCAGUAUUCACCUUUG